AUGUCACACUACCCGCAUGGGCCAAAGGAGAUGUACACGAGUUCAUCCGCGUGCACCGAGAGGCACUGGAGAGUCCCUAUGUGUCUGCUAACCUCCAUCAAUGGAUUGACCUUGUCUUUGGGCGAGGAAGCACUGAAGGCCAUGAACGUCUUCCACCAUCUCUCGUACGAAGGGGCUGUGGACAUAGAUCAGAUCACUGACCCAGUCCUGCGACAGGCGGUGAUAGGUAUCAUCAACAACUUUGGCCAAACCCCACGCCAGGUCUUCAAAAAACCUCACCCGAGCCGCAAGAGUACUCUUGCGGUUAGCAGCCCGCAAACCGCAAACGCUGGAGAGCCCACGAGCGCAAUGCCACGCACGCUGGUGUACUUUCCUGAGCAACUCAAGCGGUCUAUUGUAGCUACGGUCAAAGUGGGGAGGACUGGUGCGGGUGCAAUCACCUGCAAUGGCGGAGUGGGUGACAUAAUCGUUAGUGACAAGGGGGUAGUAGCCUUGGGCCAACAACAGCUGGCUGUCUAUAAAGGGACCAACCGCUACCUCUCGUGGGAGUAUGGAGACAACUCACUCCGCCUCAUGCGCAUUGACAACGGCAAGACUAUGGGCGCAUGCGAGAACAUGCACGUGGGCUGUCUCAGCGCAGUCACCUUUGCGGAUGAGCAGGUACUUAUCACCGGAGGAGAGGACAGCUGCGUCAGUGUGUGGCAGUUUGCUGAUCAGAAAACAGUCAAUGGGUCGCGUACAGGUGUGGAUGUAGCUCCAAAGAUCCUGCAGAUACUCCACGGCCACACAAAGCGUAUCACGGCUAUAGCUGCGUCCAGACCAUAUAGCAUUAUAGUCUCAGGAUCUGGAGACAAGACAUGCAUAGUAUGGGAUCUCAAUCAGAUGGAUUACAUCAGACAGUUACGGGGCCAUCCCGAUACCAUCACAGCCAUUGCCAUCAACAACCAGACAGGCAAUAUAGUCACCUGCUCUCGGUCGCAGAUUCGAUUGUGGACUGUCAACGGAACGUGCCUGGCCAUCAAGUACGUUGUGGUGUUUGGUAUAUUCUUGUGUAACUGUGGCCAUUAA